AUGGCUCCUACUGUCCUCAGGCUGGUCACCGCGGUGCUCGCCGGGCAACGUGCUCUGGUCCAGGGCCAAGCCGCCGCGCCAACGGCGGCAUCCAUGAUGACGAGGCUCUGGUGGCCCAAAGACAUCCCCAGCGGAGCGGUGCCGACGCAGAUCAACGGGAGCGCCUUCUACAACGACAAUGACUUUGCGCAGUGGACCCUCGUAGGGCAGACCCAUGUCAACGUUAUAGAGUUUGGUGGACCCAGGACGACGACUGCCGUGCACCCGACGUAUUACUGGCCGGGCCUCGUCCUGCGUUACACCAGCGGCGCAUCGAUCGUCAGCAUGGAGUACACGCGGGCCGACGCCUGGACGUCCAUGGCCAACACGUCAACGCUCACUGGCAUCAACACCGUCGUCAUCGUCAGUGGAGAGUGCACAUCGGUCGAUGACAGGGCGGAAUGCACGGGAUCCUACGGCGUCAACAGGGUGCACAUCUCAACGGUGCUGCCCUCGGGGAGCUCGAGCCUGGGCCCCGCCAUGACCAUAGGCCCCGAGGCCUUUUCUACGCAGGCCGACGUGACGCCGUUUCCCUCGAGGCCGCUGGUCACAUCCAUCGCCGUCACCGUCACCCAGACCGACUUUGCCGAGGUCAACCUCACGCCGACGUCUUCCUCUACGAAUGGCGUGCCGAGGGCUACGGGGAACGCUGGGGUGUUGGCCGGGGCGGCGGCUUUGGUCGGGGGAGCUAUGGUUUUGAUAUGA